UCGUUUCCGGUGUUCUUCCAAGGGGUAGGAAGCCGUCCCCAAGCAUUCAAUUCCACACCCAAUAACUUGGGCUCAUAAGUGCCGCCGCCCAUGAAACCCGUUCACCAUCCUCGUUUCACGCCACCGCUCUCCUCUUUCCCUUUCCCUGUAGUGCCAAACAACCAACCCUUCAUCCUUCUCGUGAACUGACCAUCGAUAGUCCAUAUGGAGGCAACGACGACAGCAGCUGCUGCAGUAAUGGAGGGAAGAGUAAGUAGUAGGGAGUGAACAGUGAUCCCCCGAAAUCUCUCUUGUGUUAAGGGACCAGAGCUGCUUGCAGCUGUGUGGACCUUCCGGCCGGUGCAUAUUAAUCCACCGCAACUGCUUUUUCGGCAUCCGCUUCCGAUGUCAAUUCAUUAUAAAUCCCGCGGCUCAUCCCUGUCUCCUCCUCACAGUGGUCUCUUCUCUUCCUCCGCUUCUUCCACGGCCUCCGCCGCCAUGGACAACCCUGACCUUAACCUCUUAUUCACGGCCUCGGCCUUGGCCUUCUCCGCCCUCGUUCUGGUCAUGUACAGACGCAGCAGGAGAAGUAAGGUGCUGAGGCUGCCACCGGGCCCGCCCGGUUGGCCGCUCGUCGGUAACCUUUUCCAGGUGGCCUUCGCGGGCAAGCCUUUGAUCCAUCUCGUCCAUGACCUCCGCCGGCAGUAUGGGCCCAUGUUCACCCUGCGCAUGGGCGCGCGUACCCUCAUCGUGGUGACCAGCCCGGAGCUCGCACACGAGGCCCUCAUCGAGAAGGGGCAGCUGUUCGCCUCGCGCCCCACCGAGAGCACCAUUCGUUCCGUCUUCAGCUGCAACAAGUUCACCGUCAACUCCGCCGUCUACGGCCCCGAGUGGCGCUCCCUCCGCCGCAACAUGGUGUCCGGCAUGCUCAGCGCCUCCCGUCUCCGCGAGUUCCGUCCCGCCCGCGCCUCCGCCAUGGACCGCUUCAUCGACCGCCUCCAAGCCGAGGCGGAGGCCAACGACGGCGCCGUCUGGGUCCUUCGUAACGCUCGCUUCGCCGUGUUCGCCAUCCUCCUCUCCAUGACCUUCGGCGUCCAGCUCGACGAGGACUCGAUCGUGCGCGUCGACGAGAUGAUGAAGCGGGUGCUCCUCACCAUCAGCCCCAGGAUGGACGACUACCUCCCUUUCCUCCGCCCCUUCUACGCGAGGCACCAGAAGAAGGUCCUGGAGAUCAGGAAGGAGCAGGUGGAGACCGUCGUCUCCCUCAUCAACCGGCGUCGAGCCAUUCUAAAGGACCCAAGCCUCGAGCCCAACGCCGCACCCUUCUCCUACCUCGACUCCCUCCUCGACCUUAAAGUCGAGGACCGCGACACCGCCCCCACCGAGGCAGAGCUGGUCACCCUGUGCUCGGAGUUCAUCAAUGGCGGGACGGACACCACCUCAACCGCCAUCGAGUGGGCCAUGGCGCGCAUCAUCGACGACCCGAACAUCCAGGCGAAGCUCUACAAGGAGAUCGUGGCCGAGGUGGGAGACCGACCAGUCGACGACCGCAACAUCGAGAAGAUGCCCUACCUGCAAGCUUUCGUGAAGGAGCUACUUAGGAAGCACCCGCCGACGUACUUCUCGCUAACCCACGCCGCAGUCGAGCCGGCGAAGCUCGGUGGGUACGACAUCCCUCCGGACGCCAACUUGGAGCUCUUCCUGCUGACGAUCGCGGAGGAUCCGAGGCUGUGGUCCAACCCGCUGGAGUUCAACCCGGACCGGUUCAUCACGGGCGGGGAGACCGCCGACAUCACCGGGUCGGCGGGGAUAAAGAUGAUACCCUUCGGGGCCGGGAGGAGGAUAUGCCCGGGGCUGGCGAUGGGGACGACGCACAUCAGCCUGAUGGUGGCGAGGAUGGUGCAGGCGUUCGAGUGGCGGCUGCACCCGUCGGAGCCCAAGCUGGACUUCAUGGACAAGGAGGAGUUCACCAUCGUCAAGAACCGUCGCCUCCUCGCCACGGUCAAGCCCAGGAAGUGAACACGUCCGACAGCAGUCUCUUUAAGUCCUAUAUAUCUCCGUCCUCCGUUGGAUACCGACGAAGCAUCCAACACAUCUGCAAGAUCUACAGUCGCAUCAUAGCGCUGGUGUUUGUAGUUUGGGCAUAUGUAUGCUUGAAGCUUUUUGCAUGGGCAGUAUAACUAACUGCAAGCGUCUCCUUUUGCUGCUUCCA